AUGCUGGCACUGCUUGUUUUCCUCUUGACUCUCGUCAUCUGCAUCCUGGGCCAUUUCCUCCCUCUCGUCCUCCGCUUUUACACAUCGACCAACGAGGCCUGGGUUGAAAGGAUCACGAUUGCCACUCCCUACUUCUUGGACUCUCUUUGGGAUUAUUCCGUGGAGUUGAUCUUGGACUACACAUCCUUUGAAGCCCUGAGAAAGGAUGCAACCCCCACAAGUGUCACCGAUAUCGAAGAAGCAAUCAGCCCAAUGCAGAGGACCAUCAGGAAAUCCGACGCGCCAAAUGCCUUCCUCAAGGGCUUCCUGCUGAAAGUGCCGUCAAUCAUCGCCAUGAGCGCGAUGAACCUCCGAACGCAGAUUUGCUUCCUAUACGCGCUGCUCAUCAGCGUUCUUGUCGCAGUACUUCUCGCGAUGGGCUUCUACUUGAUCUUCUCUCCGCAAGCCAAAAGCACCCAGCACGCCAAGGCAGCGAGAGACGACGCAACAGAAGCUGGAGACCCCGACGUUACCACGAAGCAGGAUGCCUUCACCGCCACCCGGGCGUACACAACAUUACUGCGCUUCGUAUGGGGAGGGCUGCAAGUGCUCUUGCUCUGGCUGUCCCAUCCUUAUAUGGAUCACAAGCUUUCUAUCACUUUUGGCCGCGAGCUGUAUGGAUUUCAAUCGACGUGCGACAAGAUGAUGCAAAACUUUCACAGAGCCUGCAAGAUCUGGCGAGCCAUGCGCAAGAGGGGCUUCUGGUAUACGGCUGGCACUGGGGCCAAGAACGCCUGGGCGGCGCAACGGCGCUUAUCGUAG